GAUUUAUUUGAACUGAGUUACUAGCUAGAUCUAAUUGGAUGUGUUUAUAGCCGGAUGUGAUUCCUUGUAGGUAGUUGAGCCCACUAUUGAUAAGCGAGCCAAGCUUGUUAGGGGAUUGAAUUAAUCAUCACAGUAGUUCAUGUUAGGUGAGACUUGUGCAAGGCAACUAUCAUACCACCAGUACAAACAGAGUUAAAUAGUGUCUGCUGAGUUUCACUCACACUGGUACAUGAUGCAUUUUAAAAGGUGAGUCCAUUGCUAAUAGGCUUGUUCAUUCAUAAUGGAUGGGUGAGUACAAAUGGCAGAUCAUACACUGUGCUGCAGCUGAUGAGUGUUGCACAUAUGAUACAUGAUACAUGUACCUACUAGUACCGGUAGAGGAAGCAUUUAUUUUUUCUCCCGUCUCCCUGACAAAGAGACACACAAUGGAAGAAGUGCGCGUCUAACGUGGAAGCACAAACAACAGCAAACUCGACGAUCAGAUCGAGGACACAGAUAGAUCUUUUCUUAUGGUAGGUUACACCCAUUGGCUCUUUGCAUGGCAUCCACUUCCUUGACACCAUCCCAACAACGGUAAUAAGAGCAAUAGCAACAGCAACAGCAGUUCUUGAGAUUAUCAGUUAAUAACACCCUGAACCUGUUCAAGCGACGCCAUGAGCAGUGGCAACGACGGCUUUGGUACACCCUCUAACCCUGCUUCUCAACGGCAACAACAACAGCAACAACUCCAAGGUAGUCAAAGCAACCAUUCGUCCUCUUCCGGUGGCCUCUUCUUUGCCGAUGCCACUUUGGAUCUGGAUGAAGCCCACGAUAUUGCAGAGACUCCAGAACCUCCCAAACGAUUUCUGAAGGUGGAUACAAAGAACACUCUCCAUCCCAAUUUGCGAUUGCCUCAGUUGGACAGUCUGGGCGGUCCUACUAUUACCAAAAGCUCGGGUCCUACCACGCGAAACACUACUGCCAGUAGACCCACGAGUCCGUCGACAUCGCAAAAGACAUCUCCUACACAGUCGGACGCACCAUCGUCAAGUCGAUCCUUGUCGGGCCCAAUGACUCGCAUCAGCAACAGCAAUGGCAACAACCUCGACACGCGGCCUCCUGCCGAACGAUUUCGAGCACGGCCUCGAUGGCCUAGAGAUUUGCCUUGGGCCAUUGCCUUUUGUGUCAUGGUACCCGUAGGAUUAGUAUGGCCGUCUUUGCUCUGGCAUCGUCAGAAUAUUUUUGGAAUGCCAGAUACCCAAACCAUGUCGCCAUUGGCACUUCCCGUAUUGAGACAUGCCACCUUUUGGAGUGUGCUAUUGGCAUAUGUUUCCACAUUAUUGCUGGCGAGGGGUCUGUAUCGCACAGCAGGUGGUGGUGAAGGAGAUGAUUUACGCUACAAAGCUUCGCAAUUCUUAUUAGCGUGUGUACCCGUGAGUGUCGCCAUGAAUGUCAUCAUGGUCUUGGCGGUCUACUUUUUAUUGCCACGGGCACUCCACUAUGCAUUGAUCCCAUUGUGGUAUUUAAUUCGAGAUGUAUACUUGUUUCGACGGUGGAAACUGCAGGGAAGCGGAGGAGUCGCUAUGGAUUCCCCCUCCACCAGGGCGCCGUCCAACCCGCAUUCCAGUCAACCCAACAGUACACGGCAUGCCUUCUUCCAGGCACUGACAUGUAUGGCUCUGGAUAUUCUGAGUCGAUCUUUGAGACGGAAUUCACUUCAUAGAUGCAUUGUCACGCUCUUGACACUGCAAGUUAUGGUAACCAUGGUCUGGCGUUGGGCCAUUAUGGGUGCGUUGAAUACCGGCAAUUUCGUCACGGUGUUUCUGGCAUUGGUCGGUGGCAAAUGGGCCACGGGGACCAUUGCACGCUUGUUGAGUCUCAUUGCAUCCGGAGGUGUUGCGAGUUGGUUUGCCGAAAAUGCGGCCAUGGUGGAAGAACACGAAAUGCAAGAACGGGCCAGGCGAAACAACGAAGACAAGGGCGACGAAGAAGUUGGCUACGAGACAUCGGAUAUCACCGAAGAAUAUCGCACGGCAGAUGCAUCGGUGUAUCAAUCUGUCCUGGAUUUUGAUGGGAUGGAUGACGAUGACCAGGACGAUUUCGAAUACGGAUUCUCCGCUCGUUCCAACAAUAGCGAGGACGAUGAAAACUUUGAAUACAACCGACGAGGCAGCCCACGGGAUGCUGGCAACCAUGCUCCAAAAGCAACCGUCAAGUCCUUCUUUCUUUCAGGCAUGAGUGUGUCCUUUGGAUCCGUGGCACAGUGUGGAUUACUUGGAGGGCCAGCUCAGUUUGUCUGGUGCCAAUUGCGCAAAGUUGACGCCACGAGGACAGCCCUUGUUCAUCGACUGCAACAACAGCCUCGUGAUUUCCAGCCCAAUCGCGCUGUGUCGGUGGUCAUGGGUGUUGCGGGGGUCAACACCAGUGGCGGGUUUCGGGGGAUGCAGAUUGGACAGGACACGAACGGAACCUCUGUCGUACACAAGCUAUUGAAUCGAGCCAAUGUCAUGGCACGAGCGUUCGUCAGGGCUCAUUCCGAUCUUGCCAUGAGUCAUGUUGCGGCCUAUUACAAGAGCUACAAACGAGCUGCCCUGGAUGUGUCCAACUUGGUCGAGCAGGCUGGCAUGGAAGCUAUCAUUCAUGACGACAUCACCACCCACAUUACAUCUUGUGUUGGUGGUUCGAUCAGUGCCGCGAUUGUCAUUUUCACAGGAUAUGCAUUGGUGCGCAAACUAGAAAAGGACAAAGACCCGGUGGUGCAGGACCCAUCUGUGGCGCAAUCCAUGAUCUUGUCGUUCAUCCUGUGCUACACAAUAAUCUUCACCGUUUUGGAGCCACUGAGGGCAAGCAUCAAAGCUUGUUACGUAUGUUUUGCAGAACGGCCGCGCAGUUUGCGUCAAGCUUUCCCACUCAUCUUUCAUCGACUUAGUCGAAUGUCAGAGUCCAAUCUGAACAUGUCUUAGUUAAAGGACAUAUCAUAGAGCUAAGUUAACAUAUCCACGCUAGAAAUAGCACGCAACAACAGU